UCAUGGGAGUUGUAGUUCCAAAACAUCUGGAGAGCCAAGGUUGCCUAUGCCUGUCCUAGAUCAAUGACGCACUUCAAAUGUUUGGGCCCCCUGUAAAUCUCACCCCUCCUUAAAGCUUGGAAACGCAUCUCCCUGUAUACUCUGCACACACCAAGCCUUCUUUCUCUCAUCUCUGGGACCAAUCACAUAAGCUGCAGUUAGGCUUGAGAUGUUGCUGGAAGGCUAAGCAGCACCUGCAUUUUGUCUUCAGCUUAUCUCCAUCCUUCCCAAGGACCAAGCAGCAGAACCUAUUUAAAAUUCAGAUUGGUUUUGCAAAGCUCACUCGUGACACUACCCUCGACCCCACCAAACCUAUUUGCAUGAACAAAUGCCACUCAGAAUAAAUACAGCAUUACUUCAUCUUAGAAGGAUUGACUUCAGUUGAUGCUUUCUUGGCUUUGGGCACACUUUUGCUCCAUGUUGCACUGCUCUUAAAACCAAGAGAGGCUCGUGAUGAAACUGACAGACAAAUUAGCAAGGUUAGCAAGGCGCUUGUGAACUGGGGCAGUGAGCCUUCCCUCCACCCGCACCCACCAGCAUCUCUGGUUGGACUUAAGCUGCAUUCCCCCCCCCUUUCUUUCUUUUUGCUCUGGAGAGUUUAGGAUGAGAGGAUGUGUAUGGUUUGUUUGCAAGUGGGUGGAUACAAAUGACAGAUGGAGCUGCCCAGCACUGCAGGGGGUCAAGUCCUCCAAUUCACAUAAGGAUGUUGAGUGAAAGCAAAGGGAGGGGUGGGAAAGGGGGCUGGGUUGCCUGGGUUUUAAGACAAAUCCCAAGGAAGGAACUGCAGCCUCCCGAGUGUGUGUGAGAGAGAGUGAGGAGAUGACACACAGGCUGAGCAAGACCCUGGCCACAUCUGCCUAAAGCCACAGCUUUAGGAGGCAGAUAAGGAGGCACAGGAGAGGCAAAUGAGCUGAGACACGGGAACUUUUUCCUCCACAUUAAGGAAGGAACUUGCACGGAGUGGAUCCAGAUUAGUGAAGGAUUCUACAAGAUCGGAAGAGAGGCUUCUUCCACGUUCUCCUUCUUGAGCAGGCAUGGAGUCCAGCAACGAUACCGACAGCUACCCAGGCAUUCUGGAGUGUGACUACGAGGACUGGAGUUCAUCCAGGAUCCUGAUUCCCUCCAUCUACUUGCUGGUUUUCUUCCUAGGCACCACCGGCAACGGCCUGGUACUAUGGACCAUUUUCCGCGGAGGCCAGGAGAAACGGCGGUCUGCAGACACGUUCAUUGCCAACCUGGCAGUGGCCGACCUCACCUUUGUGGUCACCUUGCCGCUUUGGGCUACCUACGUCAUCCUGGACUACGACUGGCCCUUUGGCUCAUUUGCCUGCAAGCUCAGCAGCUACCUGGUCUUUGUCAACAUGUACGCCAGUGUCUUCUGCCUCACAGGGCUCAGCUUUGACCGCUACCUGGCCAUCGUCCGCCCCAUUGCAAAUGCCAAGCUGAGGUCCAAGGUCAGUGGGCUUUUGGUGACCCUGACCCUCUGGGCCAUGGCAGUCCUCCUAGCCUUGCCAGCCAUGAUCUUCCGGAGCACAACCAUCUUCACUGGGACAGACAAAGUGACGUGCUACAUGAAUUUCUCCAGUGUGGCCACUGAUGAGACCGAACAGGUCUGGGAAGCAGGUCUGGGCUUGUCUUCCACCCUUCUGGGCUUUGUGCUUCCCUUUGCCAUCAUGCUGACCUGCUACUUCUUCAUUGCCCGCACCAUCGCCGGCCACUUCCGAAAGGAGCGCACCGAAGGGCUGAGGAAGCGGAAGCGCUUGCUGACCAUCAUCAUCGUCCUGGUGGCCACCUUCGCCGUGUGCUGGCUGCCCUUCCACUUUGUGAAGACCAUCUACAUGCUGAUGGACUGGGGGGUGAUGCCCUUGUCUUGCGGCUUCCAUGCCUUCCUCAGCAACCUCCACCCGUACAGCAGCUGCUUGGCCUACAUCAACAGCUGCCUCAAUCCUUUCCUCUAUGCCUUCUUUGACCCCCGCUUCCGGCAGGCCUGCGCUGCCGUCCUCUGCUGCAGCCCAGGACAUUUGGCAGCAUCUGGCGGGGACAAGUCGGCCAGCUACUCCUCCGGCCACAGCCAGAACCACCUGGGAAAAGGAGGAGAGGCGCAGCGGGAGAAGCAGUGCCCUGACAGCCAGGAGACUCUGCUCCGGGGAUAAAAGCUGGACUAUGCCACAAACAAAUGUAAAGGACUUUGGAGAUAAGGGGCUCUGUUUUCCUCUUUUCGACCCUCUUCUGUGGGCCUUUCCUUUCUAAUGCUAUUAUCUUUUUCAGGAUUCCCUUACCCCUUCUGACUUACAUCCCGUUCUGCCUUUCUUUUUCUUUCUCUGCCCACCACCACGUCCCCUAAACCAGAGCGGGAAAAAUCGGUGGUCUACAGUUGUUGCUGGACUCCACCUCCCAUCAUGGCCCAAAGGUCAGGGGUGAUGGGAGAUGUGGUCUAACAUCCAUGUUUAACUUUGCCAUGUGACCUCUUUUUAAGGUGGAAUAUCCUGCAGUGAUGGGAUGGAGCGAAGUUCCCAAGGAACAAUUAGGAGCUCUGCCAGCUGUUUUGGAGCUAAAAAUACUGGUUGUGGUGCUGAAACAUAACUCUGCUAGGCACUGGCUCUGUCUCCUGCCCCACAGUACUUUCAAUACAGUUUUGCUUCUGUCCCCCCCCCCCCCGGCCCAUCUGUGCUUUUUAUGUGCUUAAUUCGUGUUGCUUGCCAUUACAGUAGUACGGCAGCAGGAAAGGGGAAACAGAGAUGAGUUCCUUAAGAGGUGACCAGCUGUCCUAGGAGGCAAGCAAAGCCUGCAAUCCUACCCACACAUAGUUGGGAACGGGUCCCCUUGAACUCAAGACUUCUGAGCAGGCAUGACUGGGGUUUGCGCAGAUUGUUUGAUCACUGAGGAGUCAGCUUAAAACCUCUAGGCAAAUCCUGGGCAUUCUAGAAAGGCACAUGAAAUUAACGGGACAGGAUCAUCCAGUGUAUCCCAGUGGGUUCCACUGGGCUUAGUUUCAAGUAAGCAGCAUAGGAUUGCAAACUUGGAUAAGGAUUUUUAGUUUAUGGUGAACCCCGCCCUCCCCUGGUUAUAGAACAAUAGAAUUGUAGAGUUGGAAGGGACCCCAAGGGGCAUCCAGUCCAACCCCCUGCAAGGCAGCAAUCUCAGAACUCAUUCUGCUCUGCGGAAUAACAACAAACCUGGGAGUAAUAACCUAUUACCUGUAGCUGGCUGGUUGUUUUGUUAUUUUGUUAUUGGCUGCUGUUGUCUGAGCCAGCCUUUGGUCAGGAUUCCCUGCCUCAGGAGUUUCCCCACCCACCCACUUCAUUCGUCUUGUCAGGAGACACUUGGGGAUGUGAUUAAUUUACAGCUCCCAGUUGCUCUAGAAUGAAGGACCUCCACUGGAGCAAAAUGAGCACAGCUCCUUUUUAAGAUCCAGCACUACGGUAAGACUGGCACCAUGGACAGAGGGCGCUGACCUGCUGCCUGUAGUUGAAAUGUGCCUUAUUAUGAGAGGCACUGGGAGCAGAUACCAGGCUGCCCUUCCCUUUGUUCUUCUCCUUCUUUUCCUGUCCCUCAACACCCCCUCCCACUUUAUUUCCUGCCGCAAGAUGUGAAGGGAAGAUGUGAGGUGUGAAAAACUAUCUCCCUUUCUUCACACACAGGUAAUUAUGGAUGGUUUAGCAGGAGUGACUUCUUGGGUUUUGAGGUUUCUUAUGGUAUAAUUCCCCUCUUUCCCCACAAUUCACUGGGAGCUGGUUCCUCCCAGAAUGUGUACAGAACCCCCCCCCCCUUUUGCAGGCAAUAUGAACGGAAAUGGCAAAAUGCAGUUAAUAUUGCAUAUGAGCUCCCUUUUAAGGGGCUCAGGACCAAAUGGCAACUUUCUGAUCAUUUCCUUGUGUUCAUUCUCCAGUUUGAUAUUUUGAGCCAUGCAGCAAAAUGAUGCGGACACUGUUAUAGGGGUGUUCACAUGUUGCAUUCAAGGAGUGUACAGUCUGUGUAUCUGUCUACACAUAUAGUGGAGCUGUGCAUAUCAGAUAGUCACACUCUUUCGCGCAAAGACUUGCAAGUGUGUAGAGAAAGCUUGUACCUGUGCUCUCUGCAACCUAUGAACAAGCCUUGAGGAAUUUGUCUGUUGGCAAAAGGUUUAUGUAUGAAAUGACCUUAAAAAUGCAUUCUCUGUUCUUAUUAAGCUAGAGACCCUAGGACAAAAUUGCAAAAAAGAAAAGAAAAGAAAACAAGUUUGAAUCUCUCACUUGCUAUAUUUUUUUAUAUCUGCAUGAUUAUUUUAAAAACAAUUCAUGUUUAAUUUCCUAAACUUAUUUUGUAUAAGAUUUCUGCUGACCUUUUAAAAUUUUAGCAAGUGCUACAGACUGGAAAAGAGGAUUUUAGCAAUCAAAUACUCUGCUUGAAUAAAGAAUAGCGAACUGGGAAAUGCAAAUGUUUUUGUAUAGAUCGUAUUGAAACAAAAGUAUUCAUCAUCAUCAUUUAUUCCCCCCCCCCGCCUAAUCCAAAUUUAUUUCCAACCUGAGAAUGUAAUGUUCUAUUGUUGAAUUAAAGAAUCUUAAAAUGUAUGAAAUCUACAUCUUUGCUGUCCUCCUGGGGCAGGGUGGGGGAGGGGAAUCUCUCUCCCAGUGGUAAAAAUAGAUGUGCAGAUGGCUCUCAUUCUGGAGAGGACAUGCUGCUGAUUGAGGUUGUGAUGCGUUUAACAGAACCAAGUGAUAAAACUUUCCCUGAAUUGUACCAUUUCAGGGUGCAGGUGGGAGGUUCCAUGUUUAAAGAACCUCCCCGGAUAUAGAAAGGUAGCAUUUCAGGGAGAAUAUGAGGUUGAAAAAUUCUUCAUGGAAUGUUAGUAGAGAAAGUUUUAGAUAGGUGGAUUUAAACAUGAAACCCCACCGCCAGCUACAACCUGAAAAGCACGUAAUCCAAAACAAGCUUUCCCAUUUGAUUCUGGUCUAAUGUCUAAAGCAGGCAUCCCCAAACUUCAACCCUCCAGAUGUUUUGGACUACAAUUCCCAUCUUCCCUGACCACUGGUCCUGUUAGCUAGGGAUCAUGGGAGCUGUAGGCCAAAACAUCUGGAGGGCUGCAGUUUGGGGAUGCCUGGUCUAAAGUGGCACUGUGUGUGUCAGCUUCUGUCUCCUUGGACAGAGAAAGUGCAGACCCCAAUUUGGAUUAUGCAUAUGUGAUGUGUUUCUGAGCUGUCAAUGCCCUUGUCUUAAAGCCUUGAAAAGACUGCAGAAAGGAGAAUAGGAGAGGGCAAUCUGGUUAAAAUUCCUCUUUGAAUUUAUUAUGAUUGAUCUCAUGCUGCUGUUAAGCUUUUCCACAAGCUUGUUAGUAGCUCACUGGGGGGCAGGAUUUAAAACUUUCCUCUUCCUGGGAUGCCCCCUGUGCUGCUCAGCUGACUGGAGAACAGCUGAGAGUGGUGAAAAGGGGGAUACUGUAGACUGCAGGAAAAAAACAUUAAUUAAAAAACCUGAACAUUAGGAAGAACUUCCUGACAGUAAGAGCUGUUCGGCAGUGGAAUUUGCUACCAAGGAGUGUGGUGGAGUCUCCUUCUUUGGAUGUCUUUAAGCAGAGGCUUGACAGGCAUAUGUCAAGAAUGCUUUGAUGGUGUUUCCUGCUCGGCAGGGGGUUGG